UAACAGAUUUUUGCAGGACUGAAACUAUGUGAUUUGAGUUAGCUUACGAAAGUUUUGCAGUGUUUUUAAUUCUGCAGCGAUAUUAUAUUCGAAUUAUUGUCACAGUUCGGAACUUUAUCAGUUGUUUUUUUUUUUUCUUUCUGUCGGAACACCAAAACAUAUUUCAGUCUCUUCACUUUCAACAGAGAAGAUGAAUUUCCAGAGAAGUUCCGUAUUUCUUGCUUUCUUCCUACAGACUUAUCUCGUUGUGUCGGGUCAGUAUCAAGGUGACAGUGGAAUAGCGGUGCCUGAACAUGGAUUCUGCCAGCCAAUAUCUAUACCGCUAUGCACAGACAUCGCGUAUAAUCAAACUAUUAUGCCCAACUUAGUUGGACAUUAUAACCAAGAGGACGCGGGACUGGAAGUGCACCAGUUUUACCCUCUCGUUAAGGUACAGUGCUCUCCGGAGCUUAAAUUCUUCCUAUGCUCUAUGUAUGCGCCAGUGUGUACAGUCUUAGAGAAGGCUAUACCACCAUGCCGGUCCAUUUGUGAGAGAGCAAAACAUGGUUGCGAGGCCCUAAUGAAUAAGUUCGGUUUUCAAUGGCCGGAGAGAUUGAGGUGUGAGAAUUUCCCUGUGCUGGGGGACGGACACAUCUGCGUGGGUCAGAACGACUCCGCCGCAACGGUCCCACCCGUUCACAUGCCGGUACCGGGUACACCGGGGGUCAUGCUGUACUCCCCCCCAGACAGGCCAUUCCGCUGUCCCGCGGCGCUCAAAGUCCCGUCCUACCUCAACUAUAAAUUCUUAGGGGAAUUAGACUGCGGGGCGCCUUGUGAAUCCUCUAAAACCCACGGAGCCUAUAUGUUCUUUAAUGACCAGGAAAUCGAAUUUGCUCGCAUUUGGAUCCUGAUCUGGUCCACCCUGUGCUGCGCUUCCACAUUGUUCACCGUGACGACCUACCUCGUUGACAUGCAACGAUUCAAAUACCCUGAAAGACCUAUCAUCUUCCUCUCUGGCUGCUAUACCAUGGUUUCCAUUGCAUACAUCGCUGGCUACUUUUUGGGUGACAAGGUUGUUUGUAACGACAGGUUCUCGCCAGAAGGCUACAAAACAAUUGUUCAGGGCACAAAGAAAGAAGGCUGUACCAUACUUUUUAUGAUGCUAUACUUUUUUAGCAUGGCUUCCUCAAUCUGGUGGGUCAUUCUCUCCCUGACUUGGUUCCUAGCUGCUGGUAUGAAAUGGGGGCAUGAAGCCAUUGAAGCAAAUUCUCAGUAUUUUCACCUAGCUGCUUGGGCGGUCCCAGCCGUGAAAACCAUCAGCAUCCUGGCCAUGGGGCAAAUCGACGGUGACGUGCUGAGCGGCGUUUGCUUCGUGGGGCUUAGCAACCUCGACCCGCUCCGCGGCUUUGUGUUGGCACCCCUCUUCAUCUACCUCUUCAUAGGCACCUCUUUCCUGCUGGCCGGCUUCGUGUCGCUCUUCCGGAUCCGCACCAUCAUGAAACACGACGGCACCAAGACGGAGAAGCUGGAACGGCUCAUGGUCCGAAUCGGCGUCUUCUCCGUGCUCUACACCGUGCCGGCUACCGUGGUGAUAGCCUGCUUCUUUUACGAGCAGGCCUUCCGCGAGCACUGGGAACGCAGUUGGGUGAGCUCCAACUGUAAGUCUCUAGCCAUCCCAUGCCUGUCACAUCCCGCCCCUCGAAUGACCCCCGACUUCACGGUGUACAUGAUCAAGUACCUCAUGACCCUUAUCGUUGGCAUCACCUCUGGGUUCUGGAUCUGGUCCGGAAAGACCCUGCACUCCUGGAGGAAGUUCUACACGAGGUUGACCAACGGCAAACAUGGUGAGACUACAGUCUAGAACAUUCUGCUUGUGAGACGCAGAGGAGAGGGCAGCUCGCGCCAACAUUUCCGGAUGCUUUUUUUUUUUUUCUUUUUUGUUCUUUUUUUCAAAAACGGUGACUGCAUUUCACAAGAUGGAGAGGCUGUGGUUAAUUUCUAAGCAUUUUAUCAGUGUUUGAAAGCAGCACCGCAGGAAAGCAGACUUUUUCGUGGUAGUCCUUUCAAACGAACGAGGUCGACGGACUGGAGGUACGUGGACUGGUAGAAGGACAAUUCAGGACAAACUGACUUAAACUUUGAGUUUUCUGAAACAAACGUGGCCUCUUCAGAUGCCAUGUGCUGAAACGCUCACC